CGAAGCCUACGAGGUUUGUUAAACGGCCGCCUGCGACGCAAACGCUAACACAGAUUAAAGACAGUCUUUGAGGUUAUUAAAAUUAGGCAAUGGCGACAACGUCAGAUUUAGAGUAAAUCCGUUUUGUUUAUGACAGACUGUUUGGUUCGUGCGCCUUUUUGCGUACGUAGAAAGUCUGGGAGUGGGUAGUUGUGGUGUCGGUUUCCAGCUGACAUCUUUGCUCGCUAGCACGGUUGAAUAACAUAGCAUGCUAGCUCCGCACGGGGGUGGAGGUAAACAAACCGAUUGAAACAGACACGUCGGGCUCAAUGGGACAUUGAUAACUGUUGACAUGACAACCGUCCAGUUGACAUGACAACCGUCCAGUUGACACACCGCAGUUAGUGACCCCCGGCAGACAUGUCAGCGAUGUUGCUGCAGCGCCGCGCCGACCUCUGCAGGAGGCACGGUGCUCGUGUGUUGUGGACACUGACGAGGCGAAGCGCCCACGUUCGAGCCAACAAGCCGCUGUUCGGCGACAACGUUCCAAAUGUGCUGCUCCGAUGCGCCAGUGUCCGGAAGACGCUUCUCUGCAGACCCCAGAGGACAAUCACGGGUCAGCCCCAGGAAGUCAUCCAGAGUCUUCUCCACAGACCCUUGAGUCCUGGCAUGCUGGGAAUGAGAUACGAGUUAAUCCGGAGCAACCUCCUGAGGAACCCUGUUGGUUUGGUAAAUCUAUUAGGGGCGACCAACUUCUUCAGUACAUCUCAAUCUAAACAAGAGAAAAAAGAAAGUAAUGAACCUAAGGGGAAAACUCCGGAGGAAGAUGAAGAGGAGAAGAAACGCCGUGAGCAAGAGGAAAAGAUGUACCGGGAUCGCCUGGUUACCCUCGUCAUCAUCUCGCUCAUCUUUACCCUGCUGAACUCCAUCAGCAGCAGCAUUGGUGGCAACAUCUCCUGGAAUGACUUUGUCAACGAGAUGUUGGCCAAGGGAGAGGUGUCACGUGUACAAGUUGUCCCAGAGAGUGACAUCGUGGAGAUCUACCUUCACCCGGGCGCGGUUAUCUUCGGGAGGCCUAGGCUGGCACUCACGUACAGAAUGCAGGUUGCCAACAUCGACAAAUUUGAGGAGAAGCUCAGAGCUGCUCAAGAGGAGCUGAAUAUUGACACCAAGGACAGGAUACCGGUGUUGUACAGACGCACUGGAUUCUUUGGGAAUGCAGUUUACGCUCUGGGGAUGGCUGCUAUCGGCGUGGCCAUUCUCUGGUAUGUCUUCCGACUGGCAGGCAUGGCUGGCAAAGAAGGCGGCUUCAGUGCUUUUAAUCAGCUGAAGAUGGCCAAGUUCACCAUUGUGGACGGCAAGUCGGGCAAAGGUGUGAGCUUCAAAGAUGUAGCUGGGAUGCACGAGGCUAAAACUGAAGUAAAGGAAUUUGUCGACUACCUCAAGAGUCCAGAGCGGUACCUCCAGCUGGGAGCCAAGGUUCCCAAGGGUGCGCUGCUGCUUGGGCCUCCGGGCUGCGGGAAGACGCUGCUGGCAAAGGCCGUGGCCACUGAGGCCCAGGUGCCUUUUCUAGCAAUGGCUGGCUCUGAGUUUGUGGAGGUCAUUGGAGGCCUGGGAGCUGCCCGGGUAAGGAGUUUGUUCAAGGAGGCUCGUACCCGAGCACCUUGCAUCGUCUACAUCGAUGAGAUCGAUGCCGUGGGGAAGAAGCGCUCCACCAACAUGUCGGGUUUCUCUAAUACCGAAGAGGAGCAGACCCUCAACCAGCUGCUGGUAGAGAUGGACGGAAUGGGCACGACGGACCACGUCAUUGUCCUCGCUUCCACCAACAGGGCAGAUAUCUUGGACAACGCUCUCAUGAGACCCGGCCGACUGGACCGGCACAUCUUCAUAGAUCUGCCCACACUGCAGGAGAGGAAGGAGAUCUAUGAGCAGCAUCUGAAGAUCCUGAAGCUGACCCAACCUGCAGAUUUCUACUCUUUGCGUCUGGCUGAGCUCACCCCGGGCUUCAGUGGUGCGGACAUUGCUAACAUUUGUAACGAAGCGGCGCUGCAUGCUGCCAGAGAAGGACACAAGUCCAUUGACACCUUUAACUUCGAGUAUGCAGUGGAGAGAGUAAUAGCAGGAAGCGUAAAGAAGAGUAAGAUCCUGUGUAAAGAGGAGCAGAGAGUGGUCGCCUUCCAUGAGUCAGGACACGCCCUUGUGGGAUGGUUACUUGAGCACACAGAGGCAGUCCUGAAGGUGUCCAUUGCCCCUCGGACUAACGCAGCCCUGGGAUUUGCCCAGAUCCUGCCCCGUGAACAGUUCCUGUUCACCAAGGAGCAGCUGUUUGAGCGCAUGUGCAUGGCUCUGGGUGGAAGAGCCGCAGAAGCUAUCACCUUCAACAAAGUGACGACAGGAGCUCAGGAUGAUUUGCGCAAGGUGACACGUGUGGCCUACUCCAUGGUGAAGCAGUACGGCAUGUGUGACAGCGUCGGACAGGUCUCAUUCCCAGAGACAGAGGAGCAAGGUGCCGUCGGGCGUCGUCCUUUCAGCCAUGGCCUGCAGCAACAGAUGGACCUGGAGGCCAAGCUGUUGAUAGCCAGCGCCUACAGGCGCACAGAGAAGCUGCUGCUGGACAACAGAAACAAGCUGAUAAUGUUGGCCAAUGCCCUGUUGGAGCGCGAGGUGGUGAACUACGAUGAUAUCGAAGCGUUGCUCGGCCCCCCGCCUCAUGGGCCCAAGAAGAUGAUCCUCCCUCAAAGCUGGGUGGAGGCCGAGAGGGACAAACAAGACACGGGAGAUGACGAACCUCAACCGCCUUCUCGCAAACGCGAAGAGGAUGAGAUGAAUCCGCAGAUGCUCUGAUCUCAAAGUGUAUGUUGUGGAAAAAUGAUUUUCAAACUGCUGCAUUCUGAAGCUUUAUUUGCCUAAACGUGAACUCAUCAGAGUUUCUCAGAUUCUACAACCCAUGCAGACUUUUGUGAAAAUGAACAUCUGCACUUAUUUCUGAUGCGUGUAGAUACUGUGUAGGAAAAAAAGAAACCUGCAUAAGCGAGUGCAAAAUUAUUAUUUUUGGGUCAAUUCCAUUAUUUUUUUCACUUGUGAGCUGCAGAGCCAUAUUAUUAUUAUUAUUAUAAUACCCUGGAAGCAAUAGCAACAAGUCUAUUUAAUCACAAUGUCUCUAACUAGCAUUACGUUACAGACAGAAAAACCUUCUAAUCAGUGUUUCUGUUGUGUGUAAUCAACAAUUAAAAGCUUUUUCUUUGGAUUCCACAACCUGAGCUAGAUGUGGAAUCAUUUCAUGCACACGUACUGUCGCACUGUACACGAAAAACAAAUGUUGACUGUAAAGGUGAAUUUUCUACUUUGUAAGAGAUGCCUAUACGCAACAAAAGAAAAUCUUUGCAUUCAUUCAGGUGACUCGCAUCUACACAAACACAUUAAGGUCUGAAAUAUGUUGGAAUAUGUAGGAAAGAAUUAUGACACUUUGUAGAAAAUUACUUUGGAAAAUUAUGCAUAAUAGAGUGAACCUUUUUGUUUUGGAACAGGCUGAAGCAGUGGUGGCAAAUUAAACUGCUCUCCAUCAUUUAGGAACUUUUCCAUAUUCUACAUUUCAAAUACCCCUCGUGAGUUGAACUUUAAAAAGCUUCUGUCGUGUUGGCGAAUAAGCAGCAGAUAUUAGUUCCACACAGCUUUGCCUUCUGUCAUCGAGAAACGCGUUGAAUUAAUAGAUGGAAUAUGAAGAGGUAGAGACGUCAUUAAAGAAAAGAACAUCCUUGUCUGAGGGGCCAUGUGUAGGUUUGUGAAUAUGACGUCCCAACAGAUGGUAUUAAAAUAAAUAUUUAAAUAAAUGAA